AUGGAGAAAGAGGCGAGGGCAGUGGCAGCGGUGGAGAGGCUGCAGAGGCCGAGCCUGCUGAGAAGGCCUUGGGGCAUUGGGCACUUCGACCUUUUGGGGGAGUCUUUAAAGCAGCUCCGGAUCUCUUUUGCCUCUAGGAGCCCUUGUCGCAGCAAGAGCAGGAGGAGGAGGCGCGCUACUUGUCUCGAAGACUCGGUCGCGCCCGAGUGGCGUCUUUUCACUCUUUGCCAGGGCGUCUUCGAGAUCCGAGACUUCACCAACGCAGGAAGCAGCGAGGAUGUGCUGCAGAUGAAGGAGAGCUUCGAACAUGCCAACUUUCGGUAUGAGCUGUUCUUCCACCUGGCCCCUCUGGGAGCUGCAGAGAAGAAGGAUCGCCUGGGACUUCACGCGUUUCCGACACGAGCCCACCGAGUGCAGAGGUGGUUCGGGGUGAGGCACUUCGUCUUCGUUUCACUCCACAAUCACAACAUCGACAUCGACAGUGCCAGGACCAUGUUGGGUGCCGCGGCCCUCGCAGUCCGAAGUGCAAGCUUCCUGGUGCCUCUGAGCUGCUUCGUUCCAAUUGACGGAGGCCGGCGGCGUGUCUUGGGCGAGUUGCUCGACAGCAGAUGCCGUGUCGUCUAUACGACCGACCUCCAGCACACUGUCAGCGGUUCUUUCGACAACCUUUCGGGACUGGCUGACUUCUUUUGGCAGAAGUUAGAAGCGAACCCAGAGGAUCCAUUGAACAGUCUCAUGGUCGGGGCACGUUUCACGUACUCGGCAGACACCUUCGAUGCACUGCCCAGUGCGACCAGUGCACGGCGCGGAGAGGAUCCAGUCGAGUCCUGCAAGUUGCACUGUCUUUGGCCGUCCUUUCCCUUCGGGGCCUUCGGCGACGACUCCAACUUCUCAGAGCUGGAUGCCCGGGUUGCUCCUUUCUGGAAGCUCCGUGUGCUUCGGAAGGAUUCCACGUCCCUGCCCCUAACCGGCAGGUUGCGGUCGCUACUGGAUUUCCGAAAGGAAGCACUAACUGUCCGUUCCGCAGAACAUAGCCUGCAGCCAGCCGUGCCGAAGACUGCCAUGGCUUCCCUCACGGCUACCAUCCAGGAGUCCUUAGAAUCCAUCUUGCUUCCGACAGCCGGUGAGAUGCUAGAAAUGGUGGAGAGCUGCAUGAGCUGCCCGAUCUAUCCUUCUUUCCAAGAGAAUCUUGGAACGUCGGAUCCUCUUCGGGCAGUGCAAGGAGCCCGGCCAGGCGACCGCCUAUCACGCUUGGCAGAGCUGAGCUCGAGCAUGCGGUGCUUCAAGGGAAGUGUGAUGCUCUGGUGCGGCAUUCUGGCGCGCAUGCGGAGUCAGUGGGAUGCCUUAGAAGCCCCAUUAUCCCCCGAAGCGCCCACGCACAGAGUCAAUGCCCGGGGCACGCGCACGGAAUUCUUCGACCGAAGCGUUUGCCUGGUUCAGCAGAAGAUGGAGCUUCUCGAGCGAAGUAUCGUUGAGCAGCAGAGGUAUCUGCGAGGCGCCUCACAGCCCGAAGCUUUCUACCUUGCAGCCAAUGGGGAGCAGCGGCGUGCGCCGGAGCUUCUGCCACCCCCUUUGCUGACCGAGGAUGUGCUAUUACAGCGGGACACGGCCUCCGCCAGCCUGGAUUCUGUGGAGCGGGCCGAGCUCUGUGGCAAGGAGAUGCGCAGCGACAUGGCGGCCUUCAAGUACCGGCAAAGCGAGGCCACUCCGAGCUUCUCAGACUUCGUCUACUGGCGCCAGUCGGUGCUGGGUUUGAGCAUGGAUCCGUUCCCCGAGGACCAGAUUGGCUUGUGA